ACACACACACACCUCCAUGCACAGUGUUGCUGCAAACUCUCCACAGGAAACUCUGAGCCAUAAUGCGAAGGCACCUCAGAGCAGACGGGUGCAUUGCUCAAACCUAGUGGGAUACGGCGCAGCUUUGAUAGCGCGUUAAUUACUCAUGUGAUGUGAUACAGAUGUCUGGGGGGCUUCAGCUGAAAGUUUGCCUGACGGUUUCCAAGGGGGCCAGGCAGGCGUUUUAGAAGCGCUGUGAAAAACGGAGGCAGCCUUCCAGCGAUCAAAUAAAAGUGCUCAAUAAUGGGGACCACAGCUCAGCUGCUCAUGCUAAUGGCCUGUUUGGCAGCCAGAGGAAUGUGCCAGAUAAAGGAGGCCGAGGACCCUCUGCAUGCCGUCCUGGUCCACUCCACCCUGCAGUCGGUUGGUUUCCACAGCACCGUCAGUCCCACAGGAACCGCUCUCCCUCCGUUCGUCUCAGGAGCCCGGGCUCAAGCUUUGGAAUCCGGCUCUGCUAACGCCACGGUCCUGAAGCAGCCGGUGCGACCCCCAAAGUGCCUUGUGAACCCCUCAAUUAGCAACUAUUUUAAGUACAUCAACACUGUCAUUUCUAUUAUCGUCUUUGUGGUGGGCCUGGUGGGAAACGCCACCCUGCUGAGGAUUAUUUACCAACAUAAGUGUAUGAGGAACGGCCCCAACGCCCUCAUCGCCAGCCUCGCCCUGGGUGACCUUAUCUACAUCUUCAUUGACAUACCGAUCAACGUGUACAAGCUCCUGGCGUCCCGUUUCCCCUUCGAUGACCACUGGUUCGGCCUGUGCCUGUGCAAGCUGGUGCCUUUCCUGCAGAAGGCCUCCGUUGGCAUCACAGUGCUGAACUUGUGUGCCCUCAGUGUGGACAGGUACCGAGCUGUGGCUUCCUGGAGCCGAGUGCAGGGGGUGGGCAUCCCUUUGCUCACCGUCAUCGAGAUCGUGUCCAUCUGGGUGCUGUCUCUGAUCCUGGCAGUGCCUGAGGCUGUCUGCUUCGACAUGGUCUCCUUCAACUACAGUAACAACACCAUGCGCACCUGCAUGCUCAACCCGACCAACAGCUUCAUGGUGUUCUACAGAGAUGCAAAGGACUGGUGGCUGUUUGGUUUUUACUUUUGUGUCCCACUUACCUGCACCGCCAUCUUCUACACUCUGAUGACCUGCGAGAUGCUAAACCACCGCAACGGCAGCCUUCGUAUCGCACUCAGUGAACACCUCAAACAGAGAAGGGAGGUGGCCAAAGCCGUCUUCUGCCUUGUCCUGAUCUUUGCCCUCUGUUGGUUCCCUUUGCACCUCAGCAGGAUUCUCAAGAAGAUGGUUUACCGCCAGAAUGACAACAUGCGCUGUGAGCUUCUCAAUUUCCUUUUGGUCUUGGAUUACCUGAGCAUCAAUCUGGCAACAAUCAACUCCUGCAUAAAUCCCAUCAUUCUUUACUUUGUCAGCAAGAAGUUCAAAAACUGCUUCAAGUCGUGUUUGUGUUGCUGGUGUUACUCCGACAACCAGCUGAACAGCAUCGGACUCGUGAAUGGUACCAGUGUCCAGUGCAAAAGCCCAGAACCCAACAACCUCAACACUGACAAGAGUAUCAGGAAGGACAGCAACUGAUGGAGAUUAAAACCAACAACAACAUGAGGCUCAUCAAUAUAAACAGACUCAUAUUGAAGCUACAGAUCCGUCUGGAAGAAAACUAAGUGGAACUGGAAUAAAAGAAACCAACCAAGGACUGGGUUUCCUUAAUCUCACAGCGGGCCAAGCUUUCUGAGAAAAUCCCCCCACACCCCCAUACAACCACACACACACGGUUCCCACACCCCCAGAUAGUGACAUAGUAGCCUGAGAGGAAGGGAAGGGUGAGGAGGAUGAUGGGGAGUAUUCUUUGAAGGGAUGCAGCUGAACUCUAAAAAUGAAUCAGAAGCAGAGCGUGUUUGUUUCUGGAAACACCAGGAAGGAUGCAGCGAGAGAAAGGCCCAAGGGCCGGCUGGCUGCAAGGAGACACAUCUACAAGCUGUUCCCAGAAGUCUGCUACGCACUGGGAUUAAUCACCCCACAAGCAUGUUACUGACUCCAACCACAAUAAUUAUUAAGACUGAAGGUUCGGCUUUUAUUUGACCCAUGCUCACUUAGCUGGAACCACACUGUUUGCUUUUUCUGAUCCUUCUAGACAUUGGCAAAAAUAAACAGUGGAGGAGCGAAAAUCAGGUUAAACGUGGGCAAAGACCUUUGUUAAAUACAGGUAAAGUAUUACAAGAUUUUGUGGAGUUAAGAAUGAACAGUGGUAACAGUUACAAACCUGCUUUUUCAAAGCACUUGUAAGCGCUAGUUAAACGACGUGUGUUAUUACUUCUACCAUGUCUCGUUUUAGAUUGUUUUCGAGAUUUUAACUGACAGAUAUAUACAGUUCUAUAUCCAAAUAUCAAUAAAUAUGUGAGAAAACUACAUGGAACCAAAAAGAGUAUGCAGGUGAAAGUUGUUUAUUAUGAAAUUGGCAACAUUUCCAGUUUGGAUGUGAGAAAAUGGAUAAAAUACUGCAAUGGAGCAGUGGGGAAAGGAAGUCAGAAGCAUAGAGAUCUAACUAACAGGCACCAUACAGAGAAAUUUAAAAACACUCACCCCAUGAGCAAAUAGCUACUUAUAAUUAAAAUUGUGAGUCAAGAAACUAGAUGACCAACUGCAGGAUGACUCCUUUAUAUUAGCUAGACUUGCUCUGGCUGUGUGAAACAGCAACAGUUCAAUUAUGGAGACAAAUUUGUUCCAACAUUACUGAAAGAAAAAAAAACAAGCUUCAAAAAUAGAUCUAAAAAAUGAAUUUUAAAAAUAGAACUUAAAAAUAUUCUUAAGUAAAGAAAAAAAGGCCUUGUAGGGUUCUUUUAUAAUUUGUAUGCAAAUGUUUAACCACUUUUUUAAAGGUUUGUUAUUUUUUCAGCUUUGAUUUUCCUAGUUUUCGGUUCUUAAAAUAAAAAAAGCUAUUUUUUUUUUUUUUUAAUAUUACUUUUUUUCAAACUUUUUUGAUUUAAAGUUUUCAGUUUAUUUAGGUUUUAGUUUAUAAAUUGGUGGGGGGGUUCAACUUUUGCAUACAUGUUAUGAAGGACUGUCAAAAACACUUGAGAUUGAAUUUUAAGAAUUACAUUUCUGUAAAAACAGCUAAAAUAUAAAUAGCUAAAAAUAUUGGUUGAACUUUUGUAUACACAUAAAGUUUACUCAAAAUCUUUUAUUUCAUUAUGAAAUUUUUCAAGGUUCAAUUUCAUAAACACAUUUCUUUCAAAUUUCCUUUUUCAAAUUUCUACAUUUCUAUGCUUUCAAUAGUAUUUAUAGAAAUUUUUUCAUCAUAUUUAAGUUAUACUUUUUCCCACCAAUUAAUCAUCAGUUUAGCUGUAGCUUCAACAAAAAGGACACCAUUUGUAAGGACACCUGUCCAUUUACUAAAUGUCCCACCGAGCUAAUGUUUGACAUUUGGUGGCUCAAAGAGUGGUCUGCAAGAAAAAAAUACCUCACACCCUAAUGAAUUAAAACUUGUCACUUCUGCAGCCAAUUAUCUGGUUAAAAAGAAAGAGAAAAUAUUUUUGACAAAUGCAAAUUAAUGCAAAGUGCAAAAUAAUUUUAUUUCAUGAUGCAAACCACAGACAUCAUUAUGAUAGUAUCUUAAUGAUAAAACGAUAAAAGUGAAGAUAGUAUAACUCCUUAUUACAUCUUUCUCAGGUAGCUGUAUAGUGGUGACUCUCAUACAUUGCUCUCUAAAACUAUAAAAAAUUAGAAAGGCUUCUUCAGGACAGCAGUUACAUAAAAAUAAUUACAUAAUAAUCUCAUUUAAUCUUCAAGUGUGCCAAUCCCUUGGAAAAAAUAAAAAAUUAAUUCUGACAACUGUCCCAUUUUUCUGAGUUUUUAAACCAUCAUUAAUUCCCAUUUACUGUUUAGAUCAGUGGUUGCCAACCUUUUUUGACUUGUGUACCCCUUAUGCCAUAUUAUCAUACCAAGAGUUUCCCCCCUUGGUCUAACAUGCUAUUUUACAUAAAUAGAAUGUACAGCUGAUUAUAAAAGGAAAAAUAUUUAUUUAAUGUCCCUAACUUGGAAAUGUAUUACUCAAACAUGUCAUUCUUUUCAAUUAGAAUAAAAAAAUAACAGAAAUAUGUUGCCUGAAAAGUAAAUAUGUACUGAAAUAUUUGCAAAAUCAAAUUAAGUUACAAAAACCAGAGCUCUUCUGAAUAAGUCCCCUAUAUACACAUCCAAAGUUAGCAAGUCAAGAAAAAAAAUGAAAUAAGAUUUAGAUUUACUGUCAUUUUUACUUUGUGUUCAUCGUUCACUGUGUUGAUGAAACAGCUGACCUUCUCCUGAAUCAGCAGCAAAGGGAUGUUUUACACAUUUAUCCUCGAAUGUAGCUUCUUUGGUGCGUUCUUCACUUGUGACCUUUGUCUUUGCCCCCGUCUUCCUGCUUUCACUAUUAGAGAAGUAGUGCAGGUGCACAGCAACGAUACCCACUCUAGUUUUCAAUGAAAAUAUUGAUGAGGACAUUUUUUUUUUUUAUCUUUUUGAUUGAUAAAUUCUUGGUUUAUUUUGCAUUUAAGUCCUUACAAAUCAAAACCCAUCCCAGCCCUAUUUUAUUGUAUUUCUUUACCUGGGGAGUAAAAUAUUAGAUAUUUUCACGUACCUUGUAAUGCAUUGGCAGACCACUAGGGGUACUAGUACCACUGGUUGGGAGUCACUGGUUUAGAUGAUGACUCCUACACAAAUAAACAACCCUCUCGGCCGCCUUGAUUGUCUUUCUGCUGCCAAAUCAGUGGAUCUUAUGACCACAGCUGCCAACUUUGGGUUGUUCCUUUCCUUCAAUCAAUCAGUGUUUGAACAGAGAAACUACACCAAUUGUCCUGCAAAAAAAAGGAAAGUUUAAGUGCUAACUAAUUUAUUUACUGCCAGUUAAAAGCCACACAUCCCGCUCAGACAACCUUUGGAGAUUUUCUUUUUGUAAAGAAAAAAAUUCUGUUCUGUUUAAAAGAAUAAUUUCUCUAUAUGACAAUGCAUUUUAGCUUCAGAGAAAGGUUCAGUUUAGGCAACUGGACAUGAAGCUCUUCCAGUUGCCUAAACUGAACCUUUCACGCUAUGGAUGAAAGGCUCCAUUGUGUUAAAUACUUCUACAGCUUCUUAUCUGCUUUAACAAUAACAAAAAUUAAGAUUAGAAUUUCUUUACCGUAUGUUUCCUACCUUUAAGAGUCGGAGGUUUUCUGGCUUAAACAUAUGAUGAAAUGAUCCAUUAAGCUAUUGAAUGAUGGGAAGUUUGUAUCAACUCUUAUCUGUACUGAAAAAUACUUUCUCUCACAAUACUGUGAAUUUUACCAAACAGCAGUAAAUGUAUUUAAGCUCCUAUAACCAAAUGUGCUCACUUUUAUAAAGUGUUAUAUUAUAGUAAUAAUGUGUAUUUUACUCAGACAUUAACACAUGUACCUUUAGCAGUAUUUAGCAUUAAAUCCAAACAGGCAGUGGUUUACAUAGAAAGAUGUAUCCUAACCUAAAGGACAGGAAGUUCAGCUUAACCAGAGUGUGUUUGGGUCGCAUAAAAAACAACAGAUAGCUGACAGCUUAUAAAGCAGAGCUCUUUUUCCUGAGACGGAUCAGCUCUGCGCACAAAUUAUGAAAAGUACAGAAGGUUUGCAUUCGGACUGAUUUUAGUUGUAAGAACUUUCUUUCCAAGCAAAAUAAACUCACCAGCUUAGUUGCUUUUUUCAAUUAGGUAAACCUGAGACUUGGGACAAAUCUAUUCAAAAUAAAAUGUUUGUGUUUUGUGAAAUGUCAGUUUGUUGUUUCAUAUGGAAAUUGUAUUAAUUCCUUUUUUAUUUACCGUAUCUAUAUAUUCUGUCAUUGUUGAGUGAAUAAAUACCAACCUGUGUGAGUAUGAUGCAUAUUUGCAUGCACGUGCACUAUUACUUGCACACCUUGAGUGAUUUGCACACUUGUGUACAGAAGAACAAACAACCUUUCAGUUCGACUGUUUAUUUUACCACUAUUCAUCAAAGGGAUUUAUGAAAACCUGUGAUUGGUUGUGUGUUUUCCUCGUUUUACCUUUACAUCAGUGCUGCUGUUUACACCAAUAAAUUGCUUUCUCUUCCAUGUGUCAG